AUGGCUAACAUUGCGGCAGUGGCUCUAGACAACUCUUCUGGUGACCGCAUCUCGAUCGAGUACUCAUAUAAGCAUGUGGGCAGCAUAUAUUCUGGUGACGGCAGUAUUGGUAGGGAGAUAUCCCGCAGGAGGCAGAAGCAUGCAGCUGCCCUGCGGCCACUCGGAUCCGCCGUGGUCAAGCAUAACAUCGAGAUGAAAGACAAGCUGAAGUAUGUUUACGCCCUAUGCGGUACCCAUCUGUUCUUUCAGGCAGAAGCCUGGGAUCGCUUGUCAGCUGCGGCCGCCACAAAGCUGAACCAUUCGCUGAUAUUGGGAUAUAGGGCUCUGUGGGACUAUUGCUGCAUUCUGUCCCCAGGGCCGACUACGCUGCGGAUAUAUGGAGUACUGAAGUCCUGUGUUCCCUGGCAGGUCAACCCGAGGCAAGUGUUGAAUGCUUUGACCUCGGGGGUUUUGGUCUACCUCAGCGAGCAGUUGGCCGAGUAUUGGCGCUCCAUUGCCCGCAAGUAUCCAGACCCGCCGGACGAACCACAAGGGUACGAGCCUGUCGAAGGAUCGCUCGUGCUGCCUGAGGGGCUCCCUGAUACUGUGCUCGGUGGCUUUCCUCACAUGGAGGUCGCGCCGCACGCCGUAUCCAUAGUGGGCGCCUGGCGGUUCAAGUGGGGAAGGGCCUUGUUGCUUCCGAAAAGUGUGGACGCGAAGGAUUCCAUGAUUGUCCAGCGGACACUGGGGGAAACUCGUCCGCUCAUUCUUUCGAGCACCUGCAACAAGGCUGUUGCCAUUUGCAUCAACAAGCCGAUGUCGUAUGCGUGCACCGUCGCUUGCGACCUCGCUAAAAACGGUUUCAUACCGAACCGCAUCAUGGUCAACAACAUCCUCGACUUAGAGGGCAAGUGCUUGCACUGGAUAGCUCAGCGCCACAGGACUGGAGUCUUGCUCGCGUCCUUUGACGUGCGAGCUGUUGCUCCGUACAUGUUACACGCGGCUAUUUUCUGGACCCUUGCCGCCAUGGCCAUCCUGGGCGACGUGGUUCAGGCCAUCCGGGCAUUCCGUCAGGAUGUGUGGGUUGAGGUUUAUCGCCGGGUCGUCAGUGGAGCGGGCGUCUUCUGCAGCAGGGGCAUCGAACAAGGCCUCCCGGAGCGCCGGCCACGGGCCGCGCGCCCGGGUGCGGCGGGCCCGCCCGGCGAGGCGGGCGCAGGUGGCCCGCCCGAGGCGCCCGAGCACAUAUGGCUGCUGCCCCUCGCGCCGCGCGCCGCGGCCACAGUGGAGGUCACCUUCCCCGGCGGCGGCGUGGAGUGGGCCGCGGCCCUCUGCGAGGGCGGGCCCGAGGUGGAGCUGCGCGCCGUGCUCGAGGGGCAGGGCUGGGAGCAGGUGCGCGUGGUGCCGUUCGGCGCCGCGGCCUCCAGCCGCCAGGACGGCUUCCAGGCGCCGGGGCACUGGCUGUCGACGCGCGCCACCGCCGCCGAGGCGCUGCCCCCGGUGGGCCGCAUGGUCGCGGGGACCUACCUCCGGCGGGACCUGCGGCUCCGGGCGGACCGGCUGGAGGUGGUGGAGGUGCAGCAGGCUGCGAGGACGAACCGUAACAUCCAGCGCGAGAUCGCCAGCGACGUGAAGACGCACCAGUACUCGCCGGAGCCUCUCGAGGCAGCCGCCAACGAAGCGUGGCUGUUCCACGGCACAUCUUCCGCCGGUGCGCGCGCCAUCGCUGACGAGGGGUUCGCCGAGGGCGCCUACAUGGAGCACGGAAGGGCGUUCGGACAGGGGUUGUAUUUCACCGAAUGUUCCAGCAAAGCCGACUUCUACACAAAGCCGGCCCAAGCAGAGGUCGACAUUCCGGAGUACGCGGGCCUGUGCUGCAUGCUGCUCUGCCGCGUGGCUUUGGGUCGCACUUUGGUCGUCGACGUUGCAGGCACUCCAGAUAAGAACAGUAUCGCAGCCGACUUCGCAAAAGGAGAGUACCACUCCGUACUGGGCGACCGCGAGCACCUUUUGGACUCGUACCGAGAGUUUGUGGUGCCAAAUGCAUCCCAGGUGUGCCUCGGGAGGGACCGACCACCUGCCAUGUGGACGGGCCUUCGCCAGCCCGCGUGGGCCAGCCACGGCCGGGACGCGUCUGCCUCAGCACCUCGGAGCUCUGGCGACGGCUUCGGCAUCAGCGUCAGCGUGGAGGGCGACGGCUUCUGGCGAGGCCUCGUGGAGCGCGAGGAGCGCGGGCGCCAGCUGCCCGCGCACGUCAUGAGGCACGUGUCCAGCGACCGCUUCCGCGAGGUGGUCUUCCCUGGCGAGGGCGCGCACAGGCGGCCCGACGCCCUCGCGCGCACCGACGCGGCCCCGCCCCGCGCGGCCUCGGAGGCGGGCAGCCUGGCGCGCGCCGCGGCGGCGCACGAGGGUGCCGCACGGGCGCUGGCGGCCUCCGCGGCCGCGUGGGAGGCGGCGGCGAGCAGGAGACGCUCUGCGAGGUCUGCGCGGGGUCGGGCGGUGCUCUGGGCUCCGCGCCGCGCCGGGCGCUGCCACGCGCCAGGGCGCCCGCGGCUCGCCGCGACGAAGGGCCGCUGCCCGCAUCGUCUUGGCGGCUGCCCGGCGAGCAGUAGGGCGCACGACGCUUGCAGGGGCCCCCAAUAG